AUGAAUUUCACUACAUUCUCGGCUGUGGGUGCAACGGGAACACAUUUUGUGACAUCGGGGGGACAGUUGCCCGUCACUAAAUUACAACAGAACGUCUCCAAUAAUGGCACACCUCUGUCACAGGUUGUAGGAAUGGUAAGCGGAGUGAACAUGAGUGAAGGUGUGCAGUAUGUACGAGCUAUCGAUUCAUCAUCACUACAGACUGGGCCUCAACUUAUAUCAGUGCCGAUUGCCUUACCUGGAACUAAACCUGGUGACCCACAGCCCACAGUACAGAUUCAAGUCCUAAGUCCAAAUCUAACGCUGCAACAGCAGCAACCAAAAUAUCAGAUGCAAAUACCGAUUCAAGGAUUUCAACAAGGUGGAGCAGUACUUACAGUGGCAUAUUCACCAGAUGGAAAUGAAUCUGGUGGAAUACAACUCAUUGGAAACUCAUUACCAGAAGGUUUACAAGUGUUAGCAUUGCCUCAGGAGAUGCAAUUGAUACAACAGGACAAUAAAGAACAAGUACAGCAAAAUAUACAACAUCAGGUAUUCAUAACGCCCAACAACCAGAUCGUGAUCAACGGCCCCGACAAGUCGGUCAACAACAACAACGACGGUGACGUCACCAACAUCGUCAUCAAGGAGGAGUGUAAUGACGACAACAAUGAUGACAGUUCCCAAGGCACGGACACAGAUGGCGUUCCCUGGCAUAUCGGUCAACCGUCGCAGGCUCUUGUUAAAUAUCUCAACACACUCGCGCCGCAGCAAACACAAGCGUUGCCGGUGUCCUUACAACAGUUCCUGAGACUGAAUCCCACCGAGAAUAAGAAAGUGGAGGCCGAGGAUGUUGAGAUGACUCAGGAGGAAGAUAAGAAAGAAACUAUUACUGAGGCUGUGUUAGAAGAAGACGGUACUCUCCGAGUUCAAACAAAGAAGAAGAAGAAAUACAAGAAAAAAGCAGCUAAACCGGCGCGACCGAAGCCGGGACAAGUUAUUAUAGCGACGGCUUCGGACGGCACGCCCGUGUACUGCUGUCCACAAUGUGAUAUGGCAUACCCUGAGAAAGAUCAACUGGAAAUGCAUCUGUCCGUGCAUAAGAUUGAGAGACGGUUCAUAUGCGGGAUAUGCGGCGCCGGGCUGAAACGUAAGGAACAUCUCGAGAGACACAAGUUAGGUCACAACCCUGAGCGGCCGUACGUGUGUGGAGCGUGCGGUAAGGGCUUCAAGAGACGCGAACAUCUGAACCUGCACGCGGUCAUACACUCGGGAGUCAAGACGGAGAUGUGCGGCGAGUGUGGGAAAGGUUUCUACCGCAAGGAUCAUCUCCGUAAACACACCCGCUCACACGAGAGCAAGAGGGCGAGGGACGAGGCGAACAACGACUGUAUGGAGAGCAAGUCGAUCAGCACUAAUACUAACGUGAACAUUACAAACACGAACACCAUCAUGCCCGAGAUUACGAUACACGUGCCGACAAGUUCUAAUAUGCAGGUCCCCGUUCAGAUCAACAUCCCUCAGCACGUGAUGUCGUCCCUGGUGGGACAGACGCACGCGCACGCGCAUACCAACACGCACAUGCACGACGAGGCGGGGGAUGCGCACGCGCAGCUCGACGCGCUCCUCGCGCAGCACACGUGA